CAAUUAUUAGCUGUUGGUCGUUCUUCUUCUCUUCUCUUCCCGUUCGUUCCCGUGCUCGCCAAACUUUUCCUUCUUCAUCUUCUUCUUUAUCUUCGAUCUCGCGCUAGCGUCCUUAAACGCUGCGUUUGGAGUUUUCGUUUUCAGAACACGCACGUGUUUUAUUCUCUGCGACUUCUGCUUCAUAGCUAUAAAAACACGCAAGCCGUAUUUUCUGAAAUUUCGAUCUGUGCGGUGGAGAUUCUUCGUGCUGAGGUUGAGUCUCGUCGGAGGGAGAGUAGCGCAGGUUGCCGUGGGUGAUGGCGGGGGAGAUGGUGGUUGGUGGCGGUGGUGCAGGAGGAAGAGGCGGUGGAAUGUGGAGGGAGUGUCGAUGAAUUUGGGGGGAGGAGAAUGCUGUAUUUGAAGCAACCUAGGGUUUUUGAGAGCAUGGAGUUGUGUGUUUUGGAGCAUUGGUGGUUUUCUGGUUUCUCCUCGUGGUAGGUGGUGGUGAUCGUGCUGUGCGAGAACGUUGAGUGUUUUUAUUGGCUACGCUUUGCAUGCGUUUUUGAUGCUUUCCCUCUGAGCCCGAGGCUCGGGGGAUCUGAAUAAUUGGGCGAAGGAGCAGCCAUGGCAUCUUCGGAGAAUGAACCUUCUUCUCACUCUUCACCUCCUCCUCCUCCCGCAAAUAUUUGUUUGCAAAAGUUCCGGCUCUAUGAGACUCUAUCGAACUUUUACAUGAUAGGAAGGGACAACAGCAGGACUUAUUGGAAAGUGUUAAAGAUUGACCGUCUAGAUCCAUCCGAGCUGACUGUGCUUGAAGAUUCCACCACAUAUACAGAACGUGAAUGUUCUGAUCUGUUGAGACGUAUACAUGAGGGGAAUAGGUCCACAGGUGGACUGAAAUUUGUUACAACUUGUUAUGGAAUUGUUGGGUUCAUAAAAUUUUUAGGGCCAUACUACAUGGUGGUCAUCACAAAAAGAAGGAAAAUUGGUGCCAUCUGUGGUCAUACAGUAUAUGCUGUCUCAAAGAGUGAGACGAUUCCACUGCAAAAUCCUUCUGUUCAAUCUAACAUCGAUGAGAACAGAUACAGGAAACUCCUAUUGACGGUUGACCUUACAAAGGAUUUCUAUUUUAGCUACUCAUACUAUAUCAUGCGUAGUCUUCAAAGGAAUUUGUGUGAUAGUGAGACAGGCCACGUCCUUUAUGAGAACAUGUUUGUCUGGAAUGAGUUUUUGACUCGAGGAAUUAGGAAUCACCUCCAGAAUACUAUUUGGACAGUUGCACUGGUAUACGGCUUUUUUAAACAGGAAACACUUGCAAUAUCUGGGCGGGAGUUCAUUCUUACUCUCAUUGCAAGACGAUCUCGCCAUUAUGCUGGUACUAGAUAUUUGAGACGAGGAUUAAAUGACAAGGGGAGAGUAGCAAAUGAUGUGGAGACAGAGCAAAUUGUAUUUGAGGAUGUUCCUGAAGGUCUUCCAGUCCAAAUAUGCUCUGUUGUGCAGAAUCGGGGUUCAAUCCCCCUGUUCUGGUCACAGGAAACUUCACGUCUGAAUCUUAAGCCUGAUAUCAUAUUGUCAAAGAAAGAUCAGAAUUAUCAAGCCACCAAACUUCACUUUGAAAAUCUCGUCAAAAGAUACGGGAAUCCCAUAAUAAUUUUGAAUUUGAUAAAGUCGCAUGAGAGGAAGCCUCGUGAGUCCAUUCUUCGUUCUGAGUUUGGUAAUGCCAUCAAUUUCAUUAACAAAGAUUUAUCAGAGGAGAACAGAUUGAGGUUUCUUCAUUGGGAUCUUAAACAUUUUCAGAGCAAAGCUACAAAUGUUUUGCUACUUCUGGGAAAAGUGGCUACAUAUGCUUUGACAUUAACAGGUUUUUUAUAUUGCCAAGUGUCACCAACUCCUAGACUCGAAGAAUGUAUAGAAAGGCCACCUAUUAAUUUCGUAUAUGACAAUAUUGAUAAGGGAAGCUUUCAACCCACGAGACAUGUUGAUGUUGACAACGAAGAUGGUAAUAAUUUAGAGAGGAAACCUAGUGGAGAAGACAACCAUGCUAACGGAAAUCAUUUUGUUAAGCCACCCAUGUUCCAAAGGGGGGUUCUUCGAACUAAUUGUAUAGACUGCUUAGAUCGCACAAAUGUUGCACAAUAUGCAUAUGGGUUGGCUGCUCUUGGCCACCAGCUUCAUGCUCUGGGAAUUAUUGACCACCUGAAAAUUGACCUUGAGGAUCCUGUAAGUGAUGAUUUGAUGGGAUUUUAUGAGCGGAUGGGUGACACUCUUGCACAUCAGUAUGGUGGUUCUGCUGCACACAACAAGAUAUUCUCUGAGAGGAGGGGACAAUGGAAAGCUGCAACACAAUCCCAGGAGUUCUUUAGGACUCUUCAACGAUAUUACAGCAAUGCUUACAUGGAUGCUGAGAAGCAAAAUGCAAUUAACAUUCUUCCUUUUUCUUGGCACAGAUUCCUGGGACAUUUUCAGCCACAAGUGGGUAAGCCUGCUCUAUGGGAUUUGGGCUCAGAUCAACAUUACGAUAUAGGGAGACAUGGGGAUGAUGAUGCAAGGGCAUUUGUCAAAAGGUGUUUCUCGGAUGGAAGCAUCAUUCAUGGCAGGUCCUCACCCACGUCAGCCUCAAAUUCAAAUAUUGAAAAAUUCUCAAAGCUAGGUUUGCAGAACCGAUCAGAAGAAGGAAACAAUGAUUUUUGUGACUCAUUGCCUGAAAUAUCAACAUUUGAGAGUGACAUGGCAUUUUCAAGGUACACUCCCUCAUUGCCUCGACGACAGCUUUUUGUAGACGCACCAAGAGAGCGGUACCUUGAUAGUGAACAUAUUUCACAUUCUGCACAUGAGGUUUCAUUCAGCAGUUCCAACUUUGUUGACCUGGAUUGGCUGUCUUCUUCAGGAAAUUCUUGUGAAGAAGAGCCAUUUGAAAGGUUUUCAAUUGCCAAUUCUUCUAUUGCUGGGAAUUCUUCAGAAAAUGUUAUCAAUGGAGUUAUUAUAGGAGGAGAUGCUCCCUCCAGCAGCGUUUUAGACUCAAACACUAAGGGAAGAGAGCGAACUGGGUCAGAGUUAUCCUACCGUGAUGCCCAGUCCAAAGUUCUAGAGGAAUAUCCUGAUACUUUUGUACAAUGGGUGAAUAAUGGACAGACACUUUGCAAUUGAAUUUUCACAUAAGGAUCCCUUGCAUUUAUAUAUAAUGUAAAUUUAUUUAAUUGACUUGGCUUGCUCAAAAGAUGGCUAGUGAAAGAGAUUUGAGUGAGCUAAAUAUAUGCGAUACAGAAGCCAUCGUAAGGAAAAAGAAUAUAUACAGGCUUUCGAACAGGCUCUCCUCUGUAAGAUGCUGCUCUCGGAAGAAAUCCUACCGGCUUUCUUGGUAUUGAUUUGCAGCAGCAUUAAUUCUGUCCUCACAAUCUCUCAAUCAAAUCUUGAGGUAUAGUAGGACAGAGUAAAUAGCAAAAUGUUGUAAAAUUGUUUUUCUUUCUUUUUUCUCGUAGGAGCUCAUUGUAUUUUUCUUUCGUCAGUUUAUGAUCACAUUAGGUGCAUUUCUUGUAAAUAUUGUUAACUCGUUUGCCAGAGCUCCACUUCUAGAAUUGCUAAAUAAUUAAUUCUUUUAAAUAAUUCCGCUUCUUGUAAUGUAUAAUUCUCUCCGCUAUCAUACUAGCGGUGAUUUAAGUUUC